AUGCUGGCCCAAGAUAAUGCCUGGAGCACUCGGCCGAAGAAGGACAAGAUUCCCUCUUACUCGUUUUUCACUCAACCGAUAGAGAGGUCACAGCAGGAUGACCGUGAAUACCGCCUUGUGAAGCUCGAGAAUGGGCUUGAAGCUAUGGUUGUUCACGAUCCCAAAGCUGAAGUGGCUGCUGCUAGUUUGGACGUCGCUGUGGGACAUUUAUCUGACCCGGCUGAUAUGCCUGGCCUCGCUCACUUCUGCGAGCACCUGUUAUUCAUGGGGACAGAGUUAUUUCCUCGCGAGAAUGAAUACUCAGAGUAUUUGGCCAAGAACAAUGGAUCAUCCAACGCAUAUACCUCGGUCAUGAAUACAAAUUACCAUUUCCAAGUCGCCACACCCGCACUUAGCCAAGCUCUCGCUCAUUUCGCCGCCUUCUUCCAUUGCCCAUUGUUCGACGCAUCGUGCACCAUGCGCGAGCUUAACGCAGUAGACUCGGAAAACAAGAAGAAUCUCCAGAAUGACAUGUGGCGGAUCUUCCAAUUAAAUAAGCACCUCAGCAAAGAAGGUCAUGUCUGGAGUAAAUUUGGUACCGGCAAUCAGCAAAGCUUAACUCAGGCAGCACGCGAUCUCAAGGCACGGAACAAGGUCAAUGGCGUUAAUGGUACUCAUGUUGUAAACGGAAAUCUAUCAGUGAAUGGUAGUGCUACGCUCCGCUCGCCCUCACCCUCUCCAUCAACAUCGUCUGCCACCAGUGAAACUGAAGCCGAUGGUGGUUUUAUUGGACAGGAAACUCGCCGCCGUCUAAUCGAAUGGUGGAGGGAGGAGUACUGUGCUGGCCGGAUGCGGUUAUGCGUCAUUGGAAAAGUCGCAGAGCCGGUGGAGGAGCUCUCUGACCUCGUGGCCACCCUCUUCUCCCCCAUCCAAAACCGCGGAAAGGAAUCACUACCCAGGAAUGAUGAUCAUCCGUUUGGAUCAAAUGAGAAAGGCACCCUGGUUUCAGUGCAAACUAUCAUGGACCUCCACGCUGUUGAAGUGUCUUUCCCAAUGGAAUAUCAGGCACCUCUCUGGCGCCAUAAGCCUGCUAACUUCCUGGCGCACCUAGUUGGCCACGAGGGACCCGGUUCUCUGACGUCGUACUUGAAGAAGCAGGGUUGGCUCACUUACCUCAGCGCCGGAGGGCAGAAUCUUGCCCGUGGGUUUGGCAUGUUCAAGGUUACGAUUCACUUGACGCAAGCCGGCUUCCAAAACUACCGCCAAGUCGUGUCGGCUGUCUUCAAAUACCUUUCCCUCCUACGUUCCUCUGAGCUUUCGCCGCGUCACCAAUCUGAGAUUGCCAAGAUCAACUCGAUCCGCUUCCGCUUCCAGGAGAAGCGUCGCCCCGAGGAUUACGCCGUUUGGGUCACCGAACACCUUUCCUGGCCGGUCCCGCCCAACCUCGUCCUCAGCGCCCCGCCGCAGGUCUGGGAGUGGGACAACACCGGCGGCGAGAAGGAUGUGAGGCACAUGCUUGAAAGCUUAAAGAUUGACCAAGGCCGAGUGACACUUAUGGCGAAGAAGGAGGAACACGCGAAACUGCGUGAAGGUGAGAACAUGGUAUGGGAAAAAGAGCCGUGGUAUGGCACCGAGUACCGCGUGGAGAGGUGGGAUGAGGACUUUGUUCGCCAAGCGCAACGUGAGAACGACAUCCAAGAGCUAUACCUGCCGGGCCCCAACAAGUUCAUUCCAACCAAUCUUGAGGUUGAGAAGCGCGAUGUCGCCGAGGUUCAGAAACGCCCCCAUCUAAUUCGGCAAACGGACUUGUCCACCCUUUGGUACAAGAAAGAUGAUCAGUUUUGGACGCCCAAGGCGAGACUUGUCAUGGAGUUGCGAAGCCCUGUUGCGAGCGCCUCGCCUCGAGACCGAGUAAUGACGAAAUUGUUCACCGAGCUCGUCAAUGAUGCUCUGAAUGAAUAUGCCUACGAUGCCGAUCUAGCUGGCCUCAGCUAUAUGUUUGGCUCCCAUUCUCUGGGCACGACAAUCAUGAUCAGCGGGUACAAUGACAAGCUGGGCGUUCUCGCUGAGAGCGUCCUCAAGAAGAUUAAAACACUAGAGAUUGCUCCGGACCGUCUAGAAGUUUUUAAGGAGCAGAUCAAGCGUGACUGGGAAAACUUUUUCCUGGGUCAGACUUAUAGAAUUUCGGACUACUUUGGGCGGUACUUGCUUACCCAAAAACAAUGGACCAUUGAAGAGACACUAAAGGAGAUACCAAAUAUUACCGUUCAAGAAAUACAGUCACAUGCCUCCGCACUGCUGUCUCAGUUGAACAUACAAAUGUUGGUCACAGGGAACAUGUACAAGGACGAAGCAAUCCAGAUGGCGCAAAUGGCCGAGGACAUACUGAAGGCCAAACCUAUUCCUCCCAAUGAAGUAAUCGACCGUGCGCUCAUCUUGCCAGAAGGCUCUAAUUACGUGUGGAGCGCCCUCGUUCCGAACCCCAAUGAGCCCAAUUCAUCGCUCACCUACUUCUUGCACUUAGGUAAGCUGACGGACCCGAAGGAACGUGUCGUUGGAUCGCUGCUCGUUCAGAUACUGUCGGAGCCGGCGUUCAAUGUCCUUCGUACGCAGGAACAGCUUGGGUACAUCGUCUCCUGCUCGUCUUGGAAUCUUGCGGGCGAAGGCCAGAGGGGCAUACGUAUCAUCGUCCAGAGUGAGCGCGAGCCCGUCCAUCUGGAGCGAAGAGUGGAGGCUUUCCUCGGCGGCAUGAAGAGCGAGAUUGAGAAAAUGGCUCCAGAGGUGUUUGAGGAGCACAAGUCCGGCCUUCGCCAGAAGUGGACGGAAGCAGUGAAGAAUCUGUCGGAGGAGGCGAGCCGCUAUUGGACACACAUCGACUCUGGAUACUUAGAUUUCCUUCGCCGUUGGAAUGACGCGAACGCGCUGACAGAGAUCACAAAGACCGACGUCCUGGACCUGUUUUUGUCUCGGGUCCAUCCUUCCUCUUCACGUCGCUCCAAGCUUUCUGUUCACCUCAAGUCUCGGAAACCGCGGCCCCCGCGGAUCAGCGUUGCAGCAGCUGAGGCUUUUGCAGACUUGGUCAAGCCUGCGAAGCCAACGGUUGACGCCGACGGAUGGCGAGACGCAUUGGGCGAGACUAUGACGGCUGCUGAUUUCGCAAAGUAUUGGGCAGGAAUUCUGGGCGACGAUGGCAAGACUUUGCUAGAGAAGAUUCCCGCCUUAAUGGUCCAACACCCGGUCAUUGAGAGUAGCGUCCAAGAGACAUUGGAGGGUCAACCCACUUACAUUGAGGACAUCCAGGCGUACAAGAGUGCCCUUCCGAUUUCUGAGGAGCCUGCCCCUCUGGUGGAGUGGAAUGAUCUGCCUAUUGCCAAGUUCUGA